UAUAAAAAUAUUUUUAUUAAAAAAAAAAAAUUAGUUUGUGAAAAAGCUUAAAUUCGGGAAAGUGAGUGUCGUUAAAACCACCUAAACAACACUAUAAAAUUAUUUUUCAAAGUUUAACUAAACGUAUUCGUCAAAUUGUGCAACUACACUAAAAAAUUAAAUUUUCAUAACAAAAGUGCAUGCAAAGUUUAGUGUUUACUAAAGCUGCAGUGUGAUUUAAGCUGCUAACAGUUAUCAGCAAAACGCUUAGCACUUUCAAUUCUUCUGUAACGCCCAUCAACUAAAUAAAAGUUACAAAUAUAGUGUCAAGGGAAGAAUUUUACAAAGGAUAUUUUACACAAUGGAGUACGCGGCACACACAUAAAAAUCGAUAUGCUUCCUGCUUUCGGAUAGCCUAGCAUUAGGUGUCAUACUAACUUCUUGUAUACCAUAAUGUGGCGGUGAAGUCAAAUUGAUUUUAACAAGCAUUCAAAAACAAUAAAUCGAUACGAAAUUCGUGCGCAUCAAUCACAUAACAGACGUUAAGUCACGCAAACGCUUUCGCAGCGACAUCGACAUCGACAAUAACAAUAACAACUGUCUUUCCAUAUCUACGCUACCACGCUAGACUACCACCGACACAUCACUUCAGUCAUGCCGUACGCAUUUACUGCAACCACAACAACUACCAGACGAGCAGCAGCACACUCACCUGUGGCGUCUGGCACGACGCGUAUGGCGUCACUCAAACCGCUGCGUAGCUUACAGCAAUUGCUGCUGCCAUUCAAAAUCAUCGCCAUCAUCAGCAUCGUGUCGUCAGCGUCGCCGCUGUCGUUGAUCAGCGUGGCGCAGGCUAAACACCUGUCAGCGGAUGUUGGUGUUGGUAGCGCUGUAGCGGCGCUUGACGACGCCGCUUAUGGCGCCUCCGCGCCGUCGGUCGCCACCUCCUCAUCCUAUUAUGGCGCUUAUCAGUUUCAACGUUUCGCAAUGGAACCGCAAGAUCAAACGGCUGUGGUGGGUGCACGUGUAACGCUACCAUGUCGCGUAAUCAACAAACAGGGUGUGCUGCAGUGGACCAAAGAUGAUUUUGGUUUGGGUACGUCACGUGAUUUGGGCGGUUUUGAACGUUACUCAAUGAUUGGCAGCGAUGAGGAGGGCGAUUAUUCAUUGGAUAUUUAUCCGGUGAUGCUGGACGAUGAUGCACGCUAUCAGUGCCAAGUGAGUCCGGGACCAGAGGGUCAGCCGGCUAUACGGUCGACUUUUGCCACGAUUACAGUGUUGGUGCCACCCGAAGCGCCAAAAAUUACGCAAGGUGAAGUGAUUUACACGACCGAAGAUCGUAAGGUGGACAUUGAGUGCGUGUCGGUGGGUGGCAAACCAGCUUCAGAGAUAACGUGGAUUGAUGGACUCGGCAAUGUUAUAACGAGCGACAUUGACUACACCACGCUGCAGCUGCCGGAUGAGCGCCGCUUCACCGCCCAAUCGACGUUGCGGUUGACACCGAAAAAGGAGCAUCACAAUACGACAUUCACCUGUCAGGCGCAAAAUACGGCGGAUCGCACAUAUCGCUCGGCGCGUAUACGUGUAGAGGUAAAAUACGCACCAAAAGUUAAAGUGAACAUAAUUGGCGGUGCGUUGGAGGAUGGACGUAUACCGGAGUUUGCACAGGUGCGAUUAGAGUGCAAAGCGGAUGCCAAUCCCAGUGAUUUGCGCUAUCGCUGGUUCAUCAACGAUGAACCAAUUGUUGGUGGACAAAAAACCGAGAUGGUAAUUCGAAAUGUCACGAGGAAAUUUCAUGAUGCCAUUGUCAAGUGCGAAGUGCAAAACUCAGUGGGCAAGAGUGAAGAUAGCGAGACGCUGGAUAUCAGUUACGCUCCCAGCUUUCGUCAGCGUCCGCAGUCGAUCGAAGCAGACAUUGGCACUUUGGUGUCUUUGGGCUGUGAAGUGGACGGCAAUCCGACGCCAGACAUUGUAUGGAUACAGCAUCCAAGCGAUAGGGUCGUUGGCAUCAAUUCCAAUCUCACCUUUACCGUUAGCAAUGAAACAGCCGGUCGCUACUAUUGCAAAGCCAAUGUGCCCGGCUACAAAGAAAUCAGCACCGAUGCGUAUGUUUACCUGAAAGGUUCGCCCACCAUUUACUCGCCACCAUAUCAAUUCGGUUGGGUGGGUGAUACAGCGCGCCUUGAAUGUUCCGCAACAUCGGUGCCACGUGCGCGUCACGUCUCGUGGACAUUUAAUGGACAUGAAAUCAGCGCUGAAUACGGACACGACUACUCGAUAUUGGUGGAUCCGGUGCCGGGUGGCGUUAAAUCGACUCUGAUCAUUCGUGACAGUCAAGCGUAUCAUUAUGGCAAAUACAAUUGCACAGUGGUGAACGAUUAUGGCAACGAUGUGUUGGAAAUCAAUUUGCAAGCACAAAAAACCAUCUCACCUAUGAUGAUUAUUAUUGGUGGCACGUCCGUGGUCGGCUGUGCUAUGGUGCUCAUCAUUAUCAUUAUAAUCUAUUUCAAGUGUAAGAAGCGCACCAAACUACCACCGGCCGAUGUGAUAAGCGAGCAUCAGAUAAGUAAGAAUGGCGGUGUUGCUUGUAAAAUGGAAGCCGGCGAUCGCACCUCCAACUACAGUGAUCUGAAAGUGGACAUAUCCGGCGGCUAUGUACCCUAUGGCGACUACUCAACACACUAUAGCCCGCCACCACAGUAUCUCACCACUUGUUCCACCAAAUCGAAUGGCAGUUCGACAAUAUUACAGAAUAAUCACCAUAAUCACUUGCAACAACAACAUAUGCAACAAACGCUACAACAUCAUCAACAAACACCACCACCACAAACAAUGCCAAUGACCUUCCUCUCGAACGGUAGUGCGAGCGGCAGUCUGACGAGUAGUAUUGUCGGUUCGCGCGAAAUACGCCAAGACAAUGGUUUGCCGAGUUUGCAAUCCACCACAGCGUCUGUGGUGAGCUCCUCGCCGAAUGGCAGCUGUAGUAAUCAGAGCACCGCGACGCAUGUCAUUUCCAGUUCGGUGGCGAUGAGUGUGGAUCCACGUUAUAGCGCCAUUUACGGUAAUCCUUAUUUGAGAUCGUCAAAUUCAUCGCUGUUGCCACCACCAACAGCGGUUUAGAGCGUCUAUCUAAGCAAGUCAAUAUAAAUUGUGUGUAGGUACAUAUAUGAAGUGAGCAUAAUAUUUUAUAUGGUAAAUAGUCCCAUUAGAAAUGAAAGACUGAUCUCAAAAUCAUUAAAAAUCUUUAGAAUGGCUAGCAAUGUGGACAUAGCGUAAGUAAGUGUUAUGUUUCUAUAUAGUCUAAGCUGUUGUCAUAAUUUAGUUCAGUUUAGAAAUUCUUUACAAAUUCGAUGUCUUUAAAGCCAAAAGUAUCAAAGUUCUCGAGUAAAAUUUUAUUUCACAAUUAUUCAUUCUUUCAAGAAAUGCCAAUGUUGCUCCUUAAACUUCUGCUUUUGAUGUGUGAAAUUUACAAAUAAAUUUGUCUUAUCACGGCAUUGCCUUUUUACAAAUAUACUAUUCGCUCACAGAAUUCCAUCCAGAUUAAAAUAUUUGCAACUGAAUUUCUAUGCUGACAGUAGCAGUGGUUGCUAAGCUUGCAAUUUCAUUCUGCGUGGCAUAAAUUAUGAAUGUGCGAUGGAGAGGGUAUUAAUAUACUUUACUGAGGAAAUGAAAAAUGUGAGAAAAAGUGUGCGAAACGGAAUGUGUUUUCAAGUUUAAGGUAAAGGUUGCAAAAAUUACCGUAAGAGGUUCACAAAGGCCUGAUGUGUAAUAUUUUGUGGCAAGGAAAGGUCAUAGGUAGGCUUUUACUUCAACAAAGCGGAAACUUUUCCACUUACGAAAGCAGUUAGGAAAGUUCCAUGAAAGUAAUAACGCAAAUUCUUGCAAUGUUAGCAACUGUAAUGAGCUUACGUUGUGCUCUUAAUUUUUUCCACUUAAGCUUAAGCUUUGAAAAUGUUGAGCACUUCUGUAGUCAGUAUUUAAAGCAUAUUUUUCAAAAACUUUUUAUAUAAAUUUAAGGCGGUGUUCUAGUUUAUCAGCUUGCAUUUCGAAUAAUUUUUCCAAUUUUAUUUUUAUAAAGUUAUGCAUUCUUUAAGUAAAGUCCGCAUCGCCUUCGUCAAGAUUGUUACUCAUGUCGUCACCAUAAAAUAAAAACAGUGACAGAUUAGUGAUUCUACAGCGGAAAACUUGACUUGAUCUAAUCGACUGAUUAGAUAUCAUAGCAAUAGCACCAAAAACGCGUUCAAAGCUAAUGUCAAGACACCAAAACGGCUUUAACAUUGAAAAAUUCAUAAUGGAGUUAUUUUUGAAUAUCUAAAUGGCCAAAAUGUCAACUUUUUUAAAUUUUAAAUCUUUGGAACUCCUGCCAUAUUUUUUUUUUAUUCAACAUAGUUCCCUUCAAGAGUGAUACACUGAUUAUGGCAACCCUUCAACUAUUUGAUAUACUUACAUAAUUUCUUUGCCGUACGCUUCAAAAUAGGCCUCAGUUUCGUCGAUCAUAUGUUAGACGAUAAUUUCUUUACAGCGAGCAUUAUUUCUAAAAAAAAAGUUAAUUUUCGAUAUGAACUACAAUGUUGUGUUGCACUUGACUGGCCUGAUUGAACUAAACGGUUGCCAUUUAAAUGGCUGUAACUCACAAACAAUUUGAGAUAUCGAUUUGAAAUUUAAGAAUAUUUUUAAAGGUAUGAACUAUCAUUUUACGAUUUUUUUUUAAUUUCAUUAAUAAUUCGAAAAUCGAUUUUUCAAAAUUU